ACGCGGAGGAGGCUGGAGACGGAAGUUCUUCUGAAGAUGAAUUGGUGGGGCCGAAGCCGAUGGAAGUGACGAACAAACUGGCGCAGAAAAACGUCGACUACGGUUUCGCGCUGCGGCCUGGCGAAGGUGAAGCCAUUGCCCAAUUCGUGCAGGAGGGAAAGCGUAUUCCGAGAAGAGGAGAAGUUGGUUUGACGGCCGAAGAGAUUUCGACUUUCGAAAGUUUGGGAUACGUCAUGAGCGGCUCCAGGUGCGGCAAACCCUAA